AUUUCUUAGCUUCAGGUCCCGAAUCUACGGACAUGUCAACUACUGAGACUCCUGCUCUUUUCAGAUUGAUUUCUCUGCAGAAUGCAGACGGUUCAUGGAGCCUCAGCCCUGUAUUGGCUGCUGUCCUAAGUUUAAGCGAGGACACGCUUAAGCAGGAAAAGCCUCAACAGAGUACUGAUGAUUCGUUGUGGGUAACAGUUCUUGCUGUUAUCUGGCUCCAUGCUAUGUCCUUCGAUCAGAAAGAUGAGUGGGAACUCCUGGAGGGCAAGGCUGUAUCCUGGAUCAAGUCCAAAGCAGGAUCGUCUUUGAGUGAAUUGGUGAAUGCUGGAAACAAGUUGUUAAACUCUAAAGUGGAUCUUAAAGUGUUUGGCCUGUGAGAAGAUGUAUGACGAUUAAAGUAAAAGAGGAACAAAAAGUCUUCACCUUCAUUUCGGAUGAUAUGCUGCACUUUAUUUUUAUAUCGCUUUAUAGACGGCAAAUCGAUUCUCAAUUAUUUCCGUCAGAUAGGAAAAUAUUGGUACCUUCUCAUAUUACUCUCGCUCUGUAACCACUCAACCUAUAUAGUCAACAGCAAAUUGUUAGCUUAUGCCAAAGAGCAAUGUUUCCAUAUUAUUCUCUUGAUUUGUCCUCUUAUAAAAAUAUUUUCAUAGUUAGUGUAGCAUUAAUUAGACUUAAUUAUGUGUUCCUUUUUAAAGCUGUUAUUUCAUGGUAGGGCUUUAAAGGCAUAUAGCUUAUCAUAGCAGCAUAUAAGUAACGGUGGAAUUAAUGGGAUCAGUUAUUUUACUUUUGUGGUGGGUUCUAAGCUUAACUUCAGUCCGAUAUAUCCAUGGGUUCCCCGUAACAGGCUGCUAUGCUCCCAGUGUAUCUCCAGUUUGUCUGCCAGGUGUUUGAAGGAAAUAAGGAUGAUUAAUACAUUGAACAUUUGCUGCGUCAAAGGAUAAUUGGCAUGAUGAUGGUGAGACAAGUAGAUGACCAUAGGCAAAUACAUUGUAUUGUUUAGAAAUGAUCUGUAACUGGGAAGGCCUUUCGAUACAGCUUUGACUUGUGUAUAAAUUCUCAUCUGAAAGCGGUUUAAAACCCUAAACAUCUUCUCCAUCCUGUAACUGGAUCCUAUGGCCUAGGAUACGUGCUGGUAUUAAAAACCAGAGACAUCAAGUGGGUGUCUGGCCGAUGAUGUUCUUGUAAAAUGGUAUGCUACAACACUAUGCUCAGUUAGAUCUCGGUUUAUAUAGCACUUAGCAACUCACAGUAAAAAUGCUUAAAUGCCUCAGUUGUAAAGUAUUCGUGCAUCCGACGAGCUUGCAUUGCUGUCUGGAAUUAUGCAAUGUCAUUGUUGGGGAUAUAUAUUGAUGACUAAAAUAUAGUUUUCUUUUGCUGGGUAAA